AUGAUGGCUUUUGAGCAUACAAGUAAGCGAUCACCUCAGGACUUUGCUGCUUCUGUGGAUCCAAAGAAAAGAAAGGUCCAAUUUUCCGAUAGUACUGGGCUAGUAACCCUUCACUCAGAGGAAAUGAAAGACGAGAUGUUUUCAACUGCUAUGUAUGGCAGGUUCGUGAUAUCUGCACUAGAUGAUCUAGAUAAGAACGACCUAACUCAGAUCAGCAUUAUCGCCAGUCAAGUCGCGCUUCCGAGAAAGAAUUCUGAAAGAAUCGAUGAUAAGAAUUUCAAUGUUCUUUUGGAUAUCUUAUCUAGUAAUAUUAACAGGAUAGAAUCCUCCAGGGGAACUUUCCUAAUACAAACUAUUAUAAACUUUGAGAAGUGGUGGGAAUUACCUCCACAAACUCUAAGUAAAUAUAUAUAUUUCAUUAAAAUCCUUUGCUCGAGUAUACCCAAAUGGUGGCAAGACGUUUCGAUGAUACUGGUAUCUUGUUUUAUUUUACCAACCGAACAGACGGUGUGUCAUCAUGACAUGCUUAAAUAUUUCUUAAGGAUGAUCCCCUCAUCAAUGGGUUUCAUAGAUACAUAUUUGGCCAAAUUUUUCCCAAAUAAAAACGAUACUCGGAAAAAGUUGGUUAAUUACACCUCAAAUUUGCUGAAACUGAGAGGCUACUGCUCUGAACUGGGGUUCCAAAUUUGGUCCUUACUGAUAGAAAAGAUUAUUUCCAUUGAUGUUGAAUUACAGAAUGAGCUAGAUGAAUUGGAUGACGAUGUGGAUGACGGCGACCUAGAGGACGUUGACUUAGAGGACGACGAUUUAACAGAUGACCAAUCGGGAGAUGAUAAUGAUGAGAGUGAAGAAGAUAACGAUAAUGAACAGUCAAAAUCUGCAGCAGCUGAUGCUAAUCAAAGUGACAAUGAUGAUAUGGAAGUCAUUGAAGGCAUGGACGGUGCUGAAGAAUAUAACGUAGAGCUGACACAAGGAAUCAAAGAAUUGUCUACUAAAUUAGACGCCAUUUUGACGUUGGUAAGCACGCAUGUGGAAGAACAAGUGACACCGGAAAGCUUGGAAAAUGGUGAAGGUGUUGGAGUAUUCAAUACUUUAACAACACUAUUCAAGACACACGUUUUGCCCACGUAUUAUACUAGAUCGAUUCAAUAUAUCAUGUUUCAUGUUUCACAACAACAACUAGAACUAAUGGACUCCUUUUUAGUCACGCUUAUAGACAUUUCCUUUGCCCCCAAUCAAGCUGCAGAGAAGAAGAUCAAGUCAUUACAAUAUUUGGGUUCGUAUAUUGGGAGGGCCAAAAAGCUUUCCAGAACUCAAAUCAUAUUCGUAGCAAGCUAUCUGACGUCGUGGUUGAACAGAUACGUUAUCGAAAGAGAAGAAGAAGUGGAUCAACGGGGAGGAAUGGAAAGAUUCAAGCAUUUCUAUGCUGCAUUCCAGGCAUUAUGUUACAUUUUCUGCUUCAGACAUAGCAUUUUCAGAGAUACUGACGGUAACUGGGAAUGUGAAUUAGACAAGUUCUUCCAAAGAAUGGUAAUUUCUAAGUUUAAUCCAUUGAAGUUUUGUAAUGAAAAUGUUAUGCUAAUGUUUGCUCGUAUUGCCCAGCAGGAAAGCGUUGCGUAUUGUUUCAGUAUAAUUGAAAACAACAACAAUGAAAGACUGAGAGGUAUUAUCGGCAAGGCUGACAGCGAUAGAAGGGAAACGUUGGUACAGGCCAAUACUGCAUCAUCUUCUUGGUCCUUGGCCACCAGACAACAGUUCAUUGAUUUACAGAGUUAUUUCCCCUUUGAUCCUUUGUUUUUGAAGAACUAUAAGACAUUAAUGAAGGAAUAUUACAUAGAGUGGAGUGAAGCAAGCGGUGAAUACGAAAGUGAUGGUUCGGAUGACUAG